AUGUCUCGUAGGAGUUCUCGUCUUUUGUCCAGCGGCUACUACAACACAGAAUCCGACUCAAGUAGCGUGAGAACCAUAUUCUAUGGCGCAAACCCCGUCAAGGUUAUCAAGAGGAGAACAGAGACCUGCUCAUGUACCUCUGGCAGAACCACUGGUAAUGCAAGUUCACCCAACCAUGAGCCACCUCUCACCGCAGGAAACUUGUCUGAGGAAUUUUACAGGAAGCCCAUGGCUGCCCCCAACUUUGAUCCCCGUUCUGAGUACAGAAGCAGAAUCAGCAGUGCCUUCUUUGGUCUGAUUGGCUUAUCAACGAUCACUGCCACAAUGAAGUCAAAAGUGAUUCAUCUGUCAGCUUUAGCGAAGUAUUCAUUGAAAAGCAUCAAGAGGAAGGCUUUUGUUCUGUGUUUCCUCUCCCUCCUUGUUUUCCAAUGUUUCAUCUUCCUUCAUCAAUCCGAUAUCAUACAUGAUGCAGCUGAGCAGCUGCAGAAGCUUUCAUCAAGUUUGGAGGCACUUGAUCCCAACCAAUCUGUCCUCCAGAUUUUGAUCACAGAGCUCGAACAGGCGGUGCUGCUGGAACGCAUCAAGGAGUUGUCAUCCAACCAAAACAUGCCUGAUGCCAAUAUGAAAUAUGUGCUACAUAUGCUAAUCCCCAAGCUCCAACAGGAAAUGGAGAAGUGCCUCACUGACUUAAUCAAGGAGCAUGAUACACUAAGCCUUGCUGAUGAAGGAAAAGCCAAUGACUCUGGACAUCCCAUUCCUGACAAAAUGACUGAUUUUGCCCUAAAGUCUCGAGGUGCCAAAGUGAUCAGUGCCAGGUGUUCAGAGCCGUAUCGUUCUCCUGAAUCGUGUGCGUCCCUGUUUGGUUUCUGUCUUUUAUGCUCAUCUGAUAACCCAAGCACUGAUAUUCAGGGAACUCUGACCAUCGCUCUCUCUCACCAUACAAAGAUAAGCCAUGUGACACUGGACCAACUCCCACGCAACAACUCCCCAAAAGGCUGCAUGGACACUGCGCCCAAGGACUUUGAGGUCUAUGUGAGUUCUCCCAAUAAUGUUAGUCGAAUCAUUACACAGGGCACUGCAAAGGUCCUAUCACAUUUAAACCUUGGGGAAGAAAAUGUUUUAUUCUAA